AUGGGGAGCCAGAGUAGUCCCAAUGGUUGGUGGUCUAAGAAUGAAAUGGUCUAUGGAGAUGACGACCCUUACCUCUUUCAAAACCAAAUGCCUUCAGUAGAGUACUUAAGUAGUGGGUAUUCUCUAAUGGAUUGGCAGUCUGAAUUGCCUAUAGUAGAGAGCUUUCUAGAUGCCGUUCCCUUGAUGGAGAGAUUCCCUACUGAUGAUCCUCUGUAUACACCUUUGGAACUUGAACCAAUUGCCACAAGUACUCUCCUCACAUACAAUGCAGAUGAUGUUUGCUAUGGUUAUGGGAGUCGGUUAGGAGUUUGGAAUGAGAUGGAUACUAUUAAACCUGAGAACCAAGAUUUAAUGUUGUGCGAAAAUGAUAAAAAGGACACGGACCGGAGUGAAGAGGAGGGGAAGAUGAAGAGAGAUUGCAGGGAAGAGAAAUGCAGCAGUAGUUCAAGAUUGUUGUCCAGGAAAACCAUUUCUCAGUUGUUUUACAUGCCCAUAAUGCAGGCAGCCAAAGAGCUUAACGUGGGUCUCACACUCUUGAAGAAAAGGUGUAGGGAGUUAGGUAUUCGUAGGUGGCCCCAUCGGAAGCUGAUGAGCCUUCAAACCCUAAUAAAAGACAUAGAGGUGUUGGGUAAAGAGGAAGGAGAAGAGAGUGAAGCAAAAUUGAGAAAUGCAAUAGAGAUAUUAGAGAGGGAGAAGAAGUUGUUGGAGGAAAUCCCAGAUAUGCAACUUGAGGACAACACGAAGCGGCUAAGGCAAGCUUGUUUUAAAGCUAACUAUAAGAAGAGAAAGCUCGGAAGGGAUCGAUCGAUGAUGUAAUUUCACAGUACUCUUGCUCUUCUGGCAGCACUCGUGGAAAUGUGGAUACAUGGUAUCAUGAGAAACGAGAGAAGGGAAGAAGAAGAAUAAGAUGAUGAUGAAAGAUCUCUCUUUUUAAGAUUCCUAGCUUUUCCAACCAGCUGCAUUAAUAUCAUGUUCUAACUAUAACAAGGCCAAUGCCAAUUUCCUUCAAGAAACAAAACGAAAAAGGUCAAUCCGAACUUUUUUCUUUCU